AUGGGACCAUACUUUGGGUCUAAGCUAGGACAUGGAAGGGGAUGGGUCCCAAACGUGGAUUAUAGAUUGAGAAAACUCAAGAUACCUCUAUUAGAACGGGAAGAUGUUUACGGGUGGGUUUAUAAAGCGGAACGUUUGUUUGAUAUGCAAGGGUUGGCAACGUCGGGUGAGAGACUACAUGCAACAAUUCUCGAGGGCAUCCAAGAGUCAAUUUUAGAGGGGAAUUUCAUCAAGGUGUUGAAACCAGACUUGUGCAAGUCGGUUCAGAACUUGCAAUCACAUGGGUUUGGACAGGCGAUGAAGUUGGCACUUGUGGUAGAUGAGAACGGAACUAGAACAAUCACGGGGUCAGACAAAGGAAGUACAAAAGUCAAUGUGAACUAUGCGCUAAGCACAGUUAAUAACACAACAACAGAAGCAGUGGCAACGUACACCCCCUUUCGACGAAUGACUGACACUGAAUUCACUGACAAGAAAGCCAAAGGGUUAUGUUUUCGAUGCAACAGGAAGCUCGGUCCAGGUCAUCGUUGCCCAGAGAAAACCCUUCAGGUAUUGUUGGUGGAUGAUGAAGAAGGGGAGGAAGAGGAAGAUGAAGAGACAAAGAGGAGAUAA